AUGGCGACGUUGGUGGAUGUGCCUCGCCCGGCCCUGGUCAGCGAUGCCGACCUCCUCCAGGCCCGCGCUGCACUGCAGCACCAGCAAAGCCCUGAGAUCUCCGUUCCCCGCGAGUUUAUCUCGCUCAUCGUGGAGGAACUCAUCUACCGCCGCGAGUCACACUCCUCCAUCGCGGAGAUUGAACAUGAAUGUUCCCACCUCCGUAAGGAACUCCGCAAGCACACUCACAUCAAUGAAGCCUUCCAGAAAGAAUUGCGCGAGAUCGGCGAGAUCAUCACUCAGGUCGCUCAUGGCGAUCUCUCUCAGCGCGCCCGUAUGCAUCCUCUCGAGAUGUCGCCCGAUAUUGGAACCUUCAAGCAGACGAUCAAUACGAUGAUGGAUCAGCUGCAGGUCUUCAGCCAGGAAGUCUCCAAAGUGGCCCGCGAAGUUGGCACCGAAGGCGUUCUCGGGGGCCAGGCCAAGAUCGAAGGCAUUCAGGGCAUUUGGCACGAGCUGACCGUCAAUGUUAAUGCCAUGGCCAACAACCUAACCACCCAAGUUCGUGAUAUUACUACCGUCACCACCGCCGUCGCCAAGGGUGACUUAACCCGCAAGGUCCAGGCGGACUGCAAGGGUGAAAUCUUAUUGCUCAAGAACAUCAUUAAUUCCAUGGUCGACCAGCUCCGGGAAUUCGCCUUUGAAGUGAGUCGUGUCGCACGUGAAGUCGGAUCGGAUGGAACCCUCGGCGGCCAGGCUGUCGUACAUGGUGUGGAAGGCACCUGGAAGAACCUCACCGACAACGUGAAUUGCAUGGCGUCCAACCUGACCCAACAAGUCCGAGAAAUCGCCAAGGUGACGACAGCCGUCGCGCGCGGUGAUCUUACGAUGAAAGUGACAGCGGAUGUGAAGGGCGAAAUCUUAGAUCUCAAACUGACGAUCAAUGCGAUGGUUGACCGGCUCAAUCAGUUCGCCUUCGAAGUGAGCCGAAUGGCACGCGAGGUUGGAACGGACGGCACCCUGGGUGGUCAAGCCCAGGUGGAGAAUGUUGAAGGUCGUUGGCGGGAUUUGACAGACAACGUCAAUACGAUGGCACAGAACCUGACAAUGCAGGUUCGACAAAUCUCGAACGUCACCCAGGCUAUCGCUAGGGGUGACCUGAGUACCAAGAUCGAGGUUCACGCGCAGGGAGAAGUCCUCACGCUCAAAGAAACAAUCAACAGUAUGGUUGACGGGCUCGGAGGAUUCGCUCGAGAGUUGAAAGGCGUGGCCCGAGACGUGGGUGUUCGUGGUAAGCUGGGUGGCCAGGCGAAUGUCGAUGGCUCUCAUGGAAUUUGGCGGUCGAUCAGCGAGGAUGUCAACACGAUGGCAGACAAUCUCACCUCGCAGGUGCGCGCAUUUGGUGAAAUCACCGAGGCUGCAAUGAGCGGCGACUUUACGAAAUUGAUCACAGUGUCAGCGUCGGGUGAAAUGGAUGACCUGAAACAAAAGAUCAAUAAGAUGAUCUCUAGCCUGCGCGAUAGCAUCCAACGCAAUACGGCUGCUCGUGAGGCGGCUGAGCUGGCCAACCGCAGCAAGUCCGAGUUUCUUGCCAACAUGAGUCAUGAGAUUCGAACACCGAUGAAUGGAAUUAUUGGUCUUUCAAGCUUAGCCCUGGACACAGAUGAUCUUGCUGCCCCGGUUCGGGAGACUUUGAACAUGGUGCACAACCUGGCGAUCAGUCUGCUGACUAUCAUCGACGAUAUCCUCGAUAUUUCGAAGAUCGAGGCCAACCACAUGAUGAUUGAAAAGAUGCCCUUCAGUUUGGGUUCAACUGUGUUUGGUGUACUAAAAGCACUUGUUGUGGAGACGAACGAGAAAGCGUUGACUCUUUCCUACAACGUCGACGGUUGUGUGUCGGAUUAUCUGGUUGGAGAUGCGUACCGACUGCGCCAGGUCAUGUUGAACCUGGUCGGCAAUGCAAUCAAAUUCACCGACCACGGUGAGAUCCAGGUUUCAAUCAAGCGCCACGAAGACUGCGUUUGCCUGCCCGACGAAACCAUGUUUGAAUUUUCCGUAUCUGACCCAGGAAUUGGUAUCGAGGAAAGUAAGCUAGGGCUUAUCUUCGAUAAAUUCCAGCAAGCAGAUGGAUCAAUGACUCGUCGUUUUGGUGGUACGGGCUUAGGGCUGGCCAUUUCAAAGCGGCUUGUUUCUCUAAUGGGUGGUGAUAUCUGGGUUACAUCAGAGGUGGGCAAAGGCAGUAAGUUCACCUUCACCUCGAAGGUGAAGUUGGCCGAUGCGCCUCUCAGCUUCUCCGAGCAACUGGUUUCCUACCGGGGUCGCCGAGUUCUGUGUGUUGAUGACGGACUCGCCGGUGGAUUCCCUAUAAUCGAAAUGCUGCUAGAGCUUGGCCUUGAGCCUAUUAUUGUCAACGCAGAUCAGAUUUUGCCUGGCCAGUGCCACGCAGAAUGGGGCAGCUCCUUCGAUACCAUCCUUGUUUCCAGCAUUGAAACAGCCGCGAAAGUCCGAACAGACCCGAGCUUUGCACCCAUCCCACUGGUCGUCGUUGCCCCGGUUGUAUCGCUGAUUCUCAAGUCUGCUGGCGAACUUGGCAUCACAUCCUACAUCACGGUACCAUGCCGACCUAUCGACCUCUGGAACGGCAUUUUACCUGCCUUGGGAAAUCGCAGCAAUAGCACCCCAGAAGGAUUUACACGGUCGCUAGCAAUCUUGCUUGCAGAAGACAACGACGUCAACCAAAAGGUCGCAGUGCGCAUUUUAGAAAAAUGUAAUCACAACGUUACAGUCGUCGAGAACGGUCUCCAGGCGGUCGCAGAAGUCAAACAACAUCGCUACGACGUGAUCCUGAUGGAUGUCCAAAUGCCCGUGAUGGGCGGCUUUGAGGCAACGGGCAAGAUCAGACAACACGAGAAAGUUAGCUGCCUGCCACGCACGCCUAUUGUCGCUUUAACUGCACAUGCGAUGCUGGGUGAUCGUGACAAGUGCAUCCAGGCUGGCAUGGACGAGUAUCUAUCCAAGCCGCUGAACUCGAACAUCAUGAUGCAGACAAUCCUGAAAUGCGCCGCCAUGAAUCUUGUUUCUUUGCCAUCUUCCUCGUCAUGA